AGAAGAGAGGGGAGCGUUAUGACAAAAAGGCCGCAUACCGCGGUAAUGGAUCAGAAGGGCUGCGUCCGUGGCGGCCUUGCAGCUGGUGCUGCGAACCGCGAGCGGGCUGUGCUGCGCAGGGACUCCGAGGAGUCCGCCGCUGCUGCUGGUGCGCACCCUGCGGCGCCGACUCCCGGACAGACAUCGAAGUACCCCUGUAAGCUGGCCAAGAGUCAAUUAUUCACUUUGCCUCCGACUUCUUUUUGGUGUCAGUUGACCUGUUUCUGGAGGAUAUGUUGGGCAAGGUGGACCGCAAGCUGACCAGCAGUGAGCGGACGGUCUUCGAGUUAAACAUGAGUGAGCGCAGAUAGAAACAGGCACACUCAAGGCCAAGAUUCAACUCUCAUGUGUCUUCAUUGCAGUGUCGUGGUGGAAAUCGAUGACCUACGACGACAAGCGGAAGUGGAUCAUCAAGGUGAUCCACUGAAGCACACAAACUCACCACACGCGCAGGGCUUUUGUUUGUCUCAGUAUAACCGACUGAACAACCAGUAG